CCCUUUUUCCUCCCCUUUGGCCCCCCCGACUUAAAAUGCCCCCCAACAUCUUGGAGGACAACCACGGCAAAGGACGGCAAGAGACCACGGUGUCCUGCCGGUCACUGGGCGAGGGCUCCUGGUGCAAGCUGGCCUACUGGGAGCAGGGCUUGCGCGUGGGCCGCCUCUUCCCGGUCUGGGAGGACCAAGUGGGCAUCUACUCGGACCCCACGCCCGGCCUGGGCGGCCUCUGCUUGCCUCGCCUGCCUUCCCGGAGCCGCAGCCGGGCCGUGCGCCGGACGAGGGCCACCCUGGGCCGGGGCCUGCUCUUGAGCCGCCAGGCCGGAGGGGUCUGGGCCCACAACCGCGGACAGCGCCCCCUCUUCCUCCACUCGCCCACCCUGGGCCCCCACGUCCACAAGGUGCCCGCUGGCCACGCCAUCAAGGCCUUCGAUUACGAGGAGGAGGAGGAUGAGAAUGGUGAUGGGGGCAAGAGGGCCGGGAAGGGGCCCGCCGAGGGGCCCGGCCCUUGUGACCUCCACGCCCUGCGCAUCAGCUUCGCCAAGGGGUGGGGGCCUCGCUACUCACGGCGCUUCAUCACCUCUUGCCCUUGUUGGGUGGAGGUCCUCCUCAACGCUCCCAGAUGAAGGAGAAGAUGAUGAAGAAGAAGAACAAUGGGAUUCCUACCAUCUCUAGGAGUCUGUCUAUCUACU